AGUUACUCAACCCCGGCGGCGAGUGCUGAGCAGUAAUGAUCAAUGCCACAAAGAGGAACGCGGCGCGGGGACCCAAGGGGACAAUGACACUCUGCAAGGAGGGAGCGACGGGCCUCGGGACAGCGCGCCGCUGACCCCCAGGCGGACCUGACCGGGGCCUCCGGGAGGCGCCGCCCGCAGCCUGCAGGACGCCCCAGAGGAACCAGCACGUUCGGUUUCUCUUUGUGGAGACUUUUUCCAGUAAACGAAAAUCAAAGACAGCGACAGACUUGGGGCUGGGGACACCCGAGUGGGAGCCGAGGAGGAGCCGGGCUGUGCUGUCACCGGCUGGAGCUGCGAGCACCAUGGGGACCCUGUGGCUCCUGAUGUUCCUGACCCCCGCCUCCUGCCUGCUGGACACCACCCAGGCUGGGGACAUCGCAGGUCCAGAGCCGCCCAUCAGGAACCUGAGGAUGGACGCGGCCCGGAGCCACCUCACCUGGGACGUCAGCGCACCUUCUUCCACUAUUUACUGCGUCACCGACUCCGACCACAUCCAAGAGGCCCAGGACGGCACCUACUGCAGGUACGAGACGCUGUCCUUGUGCACGGUCACCAACUACACCGUCACCGUGGACCAGCCGCCCUUCGCCACCUGGAUCCUCUUCCCUGAGCCAGAGAAAUCAAAGGUGUUCCCAUUGCUUUCCUAA